GUUUCCACACCCACCGCGCCUGGGAGCGACGGGAAGUACCUGCGAUGAGCGCUGCGCCGCCGUGACUCGCCGCCGCCGCGCUCGCAGCAGCCGGGUCGAGCCGCCCCGCCGCUCCGGAGGCGAGACCCCACGCGGGGCACCGGCGCAAUACAUUUCAUCAGCUCAUGAAUGGACAUUUAAAAGACUUUACACAAAACACAUGUGACAAUGGAAACUUCAUCCUUGCUGUCCUCUUUACAUGAUGAAUGCAGAUCAGACAACUAUAUUGAACCUCAUUACAAGGAGUGGUACCGAAUAGCUAUCGAUGCUCUGAUUGAAGGAGGUUUAGAAGCCUACAAAGAAUUUCUUUCCAAAGAGAGAUGCUCAGAGUUCCUAGCAGAUGAGGAAAUUGAUUAUAUUUUGAACAAUGUUCACAAACUUCCUCAAAACACAAUUUAUUCCUCUAACCAUGCCAUCGAUGACACCUCUUCCUCGGGAACCUACUGGCCCAUUGAAUCAGAUGUGGAAGCUCCAAAUCUUGACUUAGGUUGGCCCUAUCUGAUGCCUGGAAUUUCUGGUGGCACAAAUAUUGAUCUGCUUUUUCAUCCGCCACGAGCACAGCCUUACACCAUAAAGGAAACUGUUCGGAAGAUGAUACGAGAUGCAAGAAAGGUCAUUGCCAUUGUUAUGGAUAUGUUUACAGAUGUGGAUAUUUUUAGAGAAAUCGUGGAAGCCUCUGCUAGAGGGAUUGCAGUGUAUAUCCUGCUUGAUGAAUCAAACUUCAGCCAUUUUCUGAAGAUGACAGAGAAACAAGGCUGUCAAGUUCAGAGGCUCAGGAAUAUGAGGGUGCGGACAGUGAGAGGACAAGAUUACUAUUCUAAAACAGGAGCAAAAUUCCAUGGAAAAAUGGAACAAAAAUUUAUUCUUGUUGACUGUAAGAAAGUCAUAUAUGGUUCUUACAGCUUUAUGUGGUCAUUUGAAAAAACCAACCUCAGUAUGGUUCAAGUUAUCACAGGACAGCUUGUGGAAUCCUUUGAUGAAGAGUUCAGGACACUGUAUGCCCGUUCUUCUGUUCCUAGCUCAUUUGCCCCAGAAUUGGUGCGGGUAAACAGUCACAAAACACUCUGGGAUAAUGAUACAUACCAACAUUCAGUGUCUUCCUUGGCUUCAGUUUCUAGCCAAAGAAACCUUUUUGGUAGGCAAGACAAUAUUCUCAAGAUAGAUCCUGUUUGGAAAUCUCGUGGAAGAUAUGCAGUAAACGAAAUAGAUAAUUAUGUCUUGAGAAAUCAAGCCUAUAAUAAGCAACCAUUUAAUCCAGGUUUUAAUGUUCAAAAUCCACUCCAGCAGUAUCAGCCUAGUGAAAAAAAUGAGCACUGGAAAAGACAUAGUUAUGCUGGGGAGAAGCCAGAGAGGACACCUUACCUAUUGCUCAACAGGGCUAUUAACAGAGCAAACAAUCAACCAAAUACUUGGAAAAUGCCAUCUGAUAGCCUUAGUAUUGUGUCAUCAUUACAAGGAGGAUAUGCAAAUAACUACAGUAUUCCCCAGCAGAGUUUUGCUGAUCAGUUCUCGCGACCAAAGGUAAAUCUUGCGGAGAGAAAUUCAAUUGUGCGGAGGUCUUUUAAUGGGACAGAUAAUCAUAUCCGCCAUCUGCAGCAGAGGAUGCCGACCCUGGAGCACACAACAAAAUCAUUCCUACGGAACUGGCGAAUAAAGUCCUAUUUGAAUGAUCAGACAGAUUAUCCAGUAGAGUCAAAUGGGUCAGCCUUGGGUGACAGAUAUGAUAGCUAUGACGCACCUGAAAAUAUUAAAGCUCAUGCACUGUACUCUCAUUCUCGCUUGCGAUCAUCAUUGGUGUUUCAGCCUACUUUACCGGAACAGCAGGAAGUAAGCAGCUGUGCAAGUUCUUCAAAUUCUACUAUAAUUGGGUCAGAGGGAAGUGCAACACCUAAAGGGACAUCUAACCAUGCUCCAAGUGUGGAAAAUGGGACAGGUCAUAUUUCAGAGGAGCUUAGCACACACUUUCCUCUUAAAUCAGAGGCAGCAAAAGCCCACAGAAUUCAGAGUGCAGACACCACAAAACCUAGUGUGAAUUCAAGUGCAGCUGGUGACUCAUCACUGUAUUUGUAUACAACACUGUGUACAGACAAACAUGCAGAAAAUUUGAAGAGCCUUCAAAAUGAAAAUAUGCUCAAAAGGAGAAGUUUUCCCAUGUUUAAUUCCAAGUCCAUACUGGAUCCUGGUACCAACAAACAUGCAUCCAAUUAUGUUUACAGCACAUUGACUAGGAAUAGACUUAAGCAGCCAAUUAGUCCAAAACUUCCAGAAGACAUGCUGAAGAGUGCUAAAAGUUUGCAUAGUGUGACCAACCACUCACCACAGGAGGAAAAGGACCUGAAAGGAGAGCUAAAGAGCCCAACUACCAGCAAGGCAGUCUCCAUGGCAGCUCUCACUGAAACUAGCAGGGAGGAGUCUAGUAAGGAUGGCACAUCGAAGAAGGAAAGUAAGAGUUCCCCAAGUUUUCUGAAGAAAGGAUCCCAGAAACUGCGGUCACUUCUUAAUCUCACACCAGACAAGAAGGAGAACUUGUCAAAAAACAAAGGUCCUGCCUUUUACAGAAUGUGUAGUAGUUCUGACACAUUGGUUUCUGAAGAUGAGAAUCAAAAACCAAAGAUUUCUGAAAAUAAAACAGAUUCCUCCCCAAGGAGAAAAAGAAAUUCAUCAUCAAAUUCUCAAGGUAGUUUGAACAGAAGUAAAGAAGAUGUCACCAGCAGUCCAACAAAGUCUCCAAAGUCUCCAAAGUCACCAAAGUCACCAAAAUCUCCAAAACCUCCAUCUGAUGAGGGCACUAAAAAAUGUCCUCUCUUGUGCCCCCUUGAAAGUAAGUUCAUAGAAACUGCAGGAGAUCCAUCUACUCCAAGAUUUAAUACAGAACAGAUUCAGUAUCAAGAUGCAAAGGAAAUCUCCACAAAUGCUACUUCAGAAAGUGCUCCUGUUUCUGCUCUCCAAAGAGCAAGUUCAGUGACACCACAGCUGACAAGCUCAAAGCACCAAGAAGAGCUGAGAUCUCGUUUGAGUGAAAGACGUGUUUAUAGUCGCUUUGAGCCAUUCUGUAAGAUAGAAAAUGCCAGCCAACCUGCAGGAAAUGCAGCCAACAGCAGUUCACAUCUAUCAGAUAUCAAAAGCAAGACCUUAGCGAAUAAUUAUGGCAGGAGUAAUCAUAUGGUCAGCUACAGCUCUACUGCUUACCACCCAUUGCAGCCUAAUGAAAACAAGCUGAGAGGAUUUAUGCAGAAGUUUGGGAACUUCCUACACAAAAACAAGUAACCUUAUAAUUUUGUUAAUUGUAUUGAAACGCAGCACAACUUGCAAAGCUGGACGUAAUCUUAACUGGACAAAGACUCUGGCUAACUUUUGUAGAGUUUACUUGGAUUUCUUCUUGGGUCUAGGACAUUGGAAUGAAUGUACAUAUUUUUAAAAAUAAUUAUUCCAGAAUUGUUGUACU